AUGAUAAAACAUCAACCUAACGUGACUGAGGACAUUAAAUAUGAUAAGGGUGAAUUCACAGUUAAUGAGCUAAAAACUAUAGUUCAAGAGUUAAAUCAAGAACAGGAUAGUGAGAUGAUUAUCAAACAGAAUCAGCAAGAGCUUUUUUCACAAUCUCAACUGGUCUUGUCAAUUGCUAAAAAGAAGCCUCAUAAUGAUCACAAUCAAACUGAAUCUGAAUCUUGUGACAUGAUGAUAGUCAGCAAGAAUUUAGCACCACAGCUGCAUCUCGUAGACCAAACAAGCAUUUGA